AAGCCCAUGACACACCCUUUUGCCCUAGGAGUCGAGGACCAACCACCGGAAAACAAACACAGCAAAAAUCAAAGUGCUCACCUACCAUAGUACCAAAUAGUUUUUAUUACCUUUUCCACACCAAGAAUCAAAAUACAAAAUCUGCUGAUUGAUCAAUGCUUAAUGGUGCUUCCCCUGCUUCCAUAACCUCCCAUGACCCAUUCGACCAAUCCAUUUCCAAUCCUUCCCUCCUCUCGGCAAAUUUGUCGUCACAAGCAACUAACAAACCCCUCUUUUGGGUUUGGCUCGUUCUUCUCCCAUCCCAAGGCAAUCUCUAUCUUCUCUUUCACUCGCCGCUGAAUCGCUGAUCAUUCUGCGCAUCUCUCUCUUACCUCCCACCAUCUCGCGGCUGAAUCUCUUCACCGGGUUGGUUCUUGGAGGUGGUGGCCGCCAUGACGCGGGCGAGGGCGGUGUGGCGCCCCGCUGCGGUCGUCCUCCUCGCGGUCGCUUCCCUCUCCUGCGUCCUCACGCCGCCGCUGGUCUCCGCAGCCGCGGGAGCAGAGGUGGCCGGCGGGGUGGCUCGUCGGAAUACCGAGCGCAUCGCAGGAAGUGCUGGUGAUGUGCUAGAGGACAAUCCUAUUGGAAGGUUGAAGGUUUUCAUCUAUGACUUGCCAAGCAAGUACAACAAGAGGAUUGUCACCAAGGAUCCACGAUGCCUCCAUCACAUGUUUGCUGCCGAGAUAUUCAUGCACCGGUUCUUGCUCUCUAGUGCGGUGCGAACACUCAACCCAGAAGAAGCUGAUUGGUUCUACACGCCGGUUUACACUACAUGUGAUCUUACUCCUGCUGGACUUCCACUUCCAUUCAAGUCCCCAAGGAUGAUGAGAAGUGCAAUCAAAUUUAUUUCAAACAAGUGGCCUUUCUGGAACAGAACUGAUGGAGCUGAUCACUUCUUUGUUGUUCCACAUGAUUUUGGUGCAUGCUUUCACUAUCAGGAAGAAAAAGCUACCGAACGUGGAAUUCUCCCAAUGCUCCGCCGUGCUACAUUGGUCCAAACAUUUGGGCAGAAGAACCAUGUCUGCCUGAAAGAGGGUUCUAUCAUUAUACCGCCAUAUGCACCUCCACAGAAAAUGCAGGCUCACUUGGUUCCCCCUGACACUCCCCGUUCAAUCUUUGUUUACUUCAGGGGACUGUUUUAUGACAAUGGUAAUGACCCUGAGGGUGGGUAUUAUGCGAGAGGUGCCCGAGCAUCACUGUGGGAGAACUUCAAGAACAAUCCUCUCUUUGAUAUCUCCACAGAUCACCCUGUCACUUACUAUGAAGAUAUGCAGCGCGCAGUCUUCUGCUUGUGCCCACUGGGAUGGGCACCAUGGAGCCCGAGGCUGGUGGAGGCCGUGGUUUUCGGCUGCAUUCCAGUCAUCAUAGCUGAUGACAUUGUCCUACCAUUUGCUGAUGCUAUCCCAUGGGAGGACAUUGGAGUUUUUGUUGACGAAGAGGAUGUUCCAAAGCUAGAUUCAAUCCUCACUUCCAUUCCAAUCGAAAAUAUUCUACGGAAGCAAAGAUUGCUGGCCAAUCCAUCUAUGAAGAAGGCCAUGUUGUUCCCACAGCCAGCCCAACCUAGGGAUGCAUUCCAUCAGAUCCUAAAUGGCCUUGCUCGCAAGUUGCCACACAUGCAGAGUGUAUACUUGCAACCAGGAGAGAAGCACCUCAACUGGACUGCUGGACCUGCUGGAGAUCUGAAGCCUUGGUAGCAGGAAAACUUCACUGCAAGACUAGUUUCCCCUGCUGAUGGUAUUAUUACUAUAAGUUUCUAACUUCUCCCGUGGAGGAGUUCCAGCAAAGAAUCUGUUGAUAUAUAUUGACUGAGGGUGUUAUAGUGUUUUCAUGCCACAGAAAUCUUAAUGCUGAUUCUGUGGACCGGGUUGUAACUUGUAAUUGUACAGAUGCUCAUAAAGGAAUGAAAUGCAUGUGUUCUUGUGUGAAGUUGGUAAAUUUGUG